AUGGUAAAGUCAAAGCGAGAUAAGGAUGGUAUGUUUUUUACCUUUUUUCACCAGAAAUGUUAAUUCUUUACAGUUUCUCUGACCAAGGUCAAAAAGAAGACUAAGGAAGGAAAAGUUCAGAUGGUUGCAGAGGUUUUGUGAAUUAUUUUUGUUGCUUUCAAUGACUUUACAAAAUUCAGGUCAGGAAAUGUGUGGAUCACUACAAAAAUCUGUUUAUUUUCACAAUUGCUAACAUGCGCAGUAAUCGAUUCAUUGAUGUGAGUGGAAUUAUUCAAAAAUCCUUGCUUAAGUGUCUGAAAAAGUGUGAAAAUCUUUAGAAUGGAAAAAGUAUCGAGGCGAAGAUUUUUUCAGGCAUUAAGAAACGGAUUUUAAAACCAAUUUUAUAAUAUAUCAUUAAUUUUGAAGGUCCGACAAAAGUACAAGGAAACUUCGCGAUUUUUCUUUGGCAAAAACAACGUUUUGGCAGUCGCCUUGGGGAAGCAUAAAUCCGAUGAGUACGCUAACGAUUUGCACAGGGUAGAAAAUAGAGAUGUUUUUUAAUGACAAAUUAAUUCAGGUGAGCUCAAGUUUAAAAGGACAAUGUGGACUGAUGUUCACCAAUUUGACCAAGGCGACAGUUCUCAAGUUUUUCAUCUUUAUCCAUGGAAAAUCAUGUGAAAACUUCAGAGAAGUCGCAAAAGCCUCAGAAGAAGAUUUUGCGCGAGUUGGAGAUACGGCCAAGGAAACGAUUGUUUUGCCAGAGGGACACUUGGAACAGUUCAGUUUUUCGAUGGAGCCUCAAUUGAGGAAACUUGGCAUGCCCACGAAGCUUGAUAAAGGUUUGUGAUUAAUAUUUUGAGUUGGAAAAAUAAAAAUUUGAAAAAGCUCUUCAAUAUAUUUGCGUCAAUCAUUUUUGUGAGAUUUUUUUCUAAAUAGUUUAGUCAUUUUGAGCUAUUUUGAAAGGUUCAUUUUUAAACGUUAAGGUCCGCUCACUAUGAUUUUUCUGAGCAUUUCUUUCUGUUUUCUAUUUUUAUCGAACUAUUUUGGUAUUUUCUUCAAAAAUCAAUGGAUAGUUUAGAAUCUCCUCUAGCAUUUUUCACGUGUUUUGAAAUGUUUUUAUGAAAUUAGACUUUUUCAACACAGGUAACUUUUAAUAAUUGAAAUUAAAUAAAUUCUAUUCCGUCUGGACAUUAAGAUUGUCUUUUUAAAAUGUUCAUGAUAUGUAUAAAAAAAACCUUGCCGGGGUCUGAAGACGCAAAAAUCUCACUUGAGUUAAAGCAACACUGAAAAUGGCUCUUCUUCUUGAGACCUUCUCCAGAAACUCCAUUAAUUUUUUUCUACAAGUUUUAUGGAAUAUUUCUGAACCCUUCAUGUACCUUUUAUCGAUUAAGAAUUCCAGGUAUUGUGGCCUUGUACCAGGAUUUCGAAGUUUGUAAGGAAGGAGAGCCUCUCACGGCAGAUCAAGCGAAGGUAAUUUAGUUUUCCAUCAUUUUUUCGAUUUUUGGAUAGCUAUCAUGUCAAUUUUACAAUCUGAGGGUGCAAAUUAACCAUAACGUUUUCAUUUUAGAUUUUCCUGAGAAGUUGUAUGAUUUUUUUUUUUGGUUUUCUUGAUUUCAUUGAUGCGCUAAAGUUAUUUGAAUGAUUUUCAAAAAUUUGCCGAUUUCAGACAGAAACUUUCGCUUCAAGUUAACAAAAAAAAAUAAUUUCUUUGCAGAUUUUGAAGCUCCUCGACAUCAAAAUGUCGCAGUUCAAGCUGAUUUUCAAAGGCCACUGGGAGAGCAAAAAAGGCUUCUCGGAGCUCGACACUACGGCGUAA